AACAUCUGCAUGAUUGUGUGCAUGUGCAUCAUCACCAGAGGGCGCAUGCACUGGACAUGAGGACUGCUGUACUGAUCCAUUACAAUAAUACGGACAUGUCUUUAUUCUGUACCAUUGAACUCGGGGAGACAGUAUAGACUAUAGAUCUCGCAGUAACCAGCACAUGGAUGUUUUCGUCUGAAUGCAGCGCUGGUGCUGCGUGCUAAUCACAUGCAUCUGUGUUCCUCAAGCAGACCGAGAGCUUCUGCAAUACACGAGAAAGACCAGGAAACCAAAGGACUCCAUACAGGAUUUGUGUCCAAUACAAAACACCGUGUAUAAGAACCUUGCUUGCAGUUCAUUCUGUAGCUGCACAAUGAAGAGGCGGUUUAGUGUUGUGGAGUCCCUGGUUCAUUUAUAUGAGUCCAGUGAAGAGCAAAGAGAUGCAGACCUAUGUACGACAAGUGAUGGAGGGAUGGAAGAGGAAAGAGACACGACCCAACGUACAACAAGUGAUGGAGGAAUGGAAGAUGAAAGAGACGUGACCCUACAUACAACAAGUAAUAAAUGGAUGGAAGAGGAAAGGGAUCUGGAUGGAGAAGCUGAGCUGGAGUUCUUUAAUGAAGCUUCUGAAACAGAGGACAAUACAGAGUUCGGCCCAGACUACCACUCUACUGAUGAAGAAGAGUCAGAGGAAGAGUCAGAGGUCACUGCUGACACAGAGGCGGCUUAUCAGUCCAAAAACGGAAACAUAUUGUGGACUCCAGCACCUCCUCCUCAGAAACAACGAGAGAGAUUACCAGCUCAUCGUAUCAUCAAAAUGACCCCUGGACCAACCAGGCUGGCAUGUGCCAAUGCUGAAGACAUAAGAUCAACAUUUGAAUUGUUUUUCCCAGAUGAUAUUAAACAGAUUUUGAUUGAAAUUACCAAUUUAGAGGGGAAACGUGUAUUUCGUGAUACCUGGAAGGACCUGGACUGGACAGACUUACAGGCCUUUUUUGGUCUGUUGAUUCUGGCAGGUGUGUAUCGAUCCCACCAUGAGGCCAUGAGUAACUUAUGGCACGGUGUAUCAGGGAGGGCAAUUUUUCGUGCUACCAUGUCACUGAAAAGUUUUACCAAUUUGUCAAGGGUCUUCUGCUUUUACAAAAGGGAUAAAGAGCCUAGCCGACAGAAAAGGGACAAGCUGGCACCAGUAAGGAGCAUCUGGGAUAAAUGGGUCGAACGCCUGCCACUCUUGUACAAUCCAGGCCCAAACGUCACUGUGGACGAGUGCCUGGUCCGUUUCAGAGGACACUGUCCCUUCAAACAAUACACACCAAGUAAACCGGGCAAGUAUGGCAUUAAAAUCUGGGCAGCAUGCGAUUCCAGCUCGAGCUAUGCGUGGAACAUGCAGAUCUACACCGGCAAAGCUGCCGACGGCAAGUCAGAAAAGAACCAGGGAAUGCGAGUGGUCCUGGACAUGACAGACAGUUUAGAGGGACACACCGUCACGUGUGACAACUUUUUCACCUCGUAUGGCCUCGGCGAGGAGCUGCUCCGAAGGAAAAUGACCAUGAUUGGAACAGUCAGAUCAAACAAACCUGAGCUCCCACCUGCACUCCUGUCAAUGAAGGACAGGGCCCGAUUAUCAUCCAUGUUCGCCAUCACUGAUACGCACACUCUUGUGUCCUACUGUCCCAGAAAAAAUAAAAAUGUGCUGUUGAUGAGCACUUUCCACAGAGAUGCCAAAGUAAGCGACAAAGAUCACAAGAAGCCAGAGAUAAUCCUACACUACAACCAGACCAAAGGCGGAGUUGACAACCUUGACAAGGUUGUUGCCACUUACACAUGCCAAAGAAAGACAGCUCGUUGGCCCAUGGUGAUUUUCUUCAACAUGUUGGAUGUCUCCGCCUACAAUUCAUUCGUACUGUGGACGGAGAUAAAUCCCUCAUGGAACAAAGCGAAAAACUUCAAAAGGAGGCUCUACCUUGAAGAACUAGGGGAAACUCUGGUGGCUCCCUACAUGAAAAGACGGCAUUACGUUCCCCGCUCGCCAGCCUCUCAGAAUAUGGUGAUACAAGCACAAGCAUGCUCUUCAGAAAAAGACGACGUCUUUCUGCUAGCCUCCAAAUAUAAGGUGAUGAAAGCACGAGCAUGCUUUACAGCCAAAAAACCUAGCUCCUCCCCAGUAUCAACCCCCAGCAAGAGGAAAAGGUGUCAGGUCUGUGAAUCAAAGAAGAACACAAAAACCAGUAUGAUGUGCAGUCAGUGUAACAUGUACAUUUGCAGGUCACACGCAAUUAUAACUUCUUAUUGCUAUGCAUGCAAGAAGGUUUAAACAAGACUUAGUCAUGGCUUAUGCGCUGUUUGUUACUCAGUUUUUAUAGUAGUUAUUCUCUUGCUCUUCUCUUUACUAACUUGUUUGCCAUUGCAAAAUUUAUCAUGUUUAUUGCCUUUUCUCUUGACAUUAUUAUUAGUUUACUUCAUUAGAGUUACUGAAUGUUGACU